CAGCACAGUGUCGUUAUAAUGACGUCAAUUAUUGGACAUUAUUAGUCGGCGACGUCGUAGACCAAUAAGCGACGUCCAUAUGACGUGACAUUUCAGAUGUCAUUUUGACGUCGUCUAGAGACGUCUUUCGUACGUUUGUUUUCGGUCGUUUUAAGUGCUUUUUAAUCAACUAUAAAAAAAAUUAGAACGAAAGUUUAUUACAAAAACUAAGCCCUAUACGUGCUUUAUAAAAAAUUGUACAUUUUAAAUUGUUGUUUACCUAAAAUUUGGAUAUAAAUAUAAAUUCAUUAAUUAGCAAUGAAAAUACUAAACUGACGUUUUAAGUGGAAAUGCAAUUUGAAUUUAAAGAUGAAGUGAGAAUGUUGUAAUUAACAAUUAUUUAACUAUUUUAUUAGUAGGAAACAAUUAUUUUUAGCAUCGAUUCCUGUCGAGGCUGUCGACCAAGAUUUAAUUUUGGCGCGAUUUUAAUCGAAAUGCCACGAUACGAUACGAGACGUGCAGGCGCAUGCGUGCUGGACUGCUGGUGUGAACGCGUGUGCGCGUAAUGGCGGACGGCAGCAAAAAGUUGUUUGGCGGUUUGUCGGCAUAUCUAUCGACUUUUGGAGGGAGAGAUUUUACUGGACAUACAAACCGCAUUUUAAAUUUUUUGUUCAUUUAUUCUCUUGCAACUAAUUGGAAUUUUUGUGGCAAACGAGGUGAGAAAAAGGCUUUUAAAAACUUAAACGUAAAGGAUGUGAUUAUUGGUAAGUGUUUUCACUUGUAGGUGCAUACUUAUUAUUAAUCUGAAACAACAUUUUUAGGUGCUGUAAGAAAAAGCUCCCCUCUAGUCAGUCAGAAAGAAAUAGAAGAUACCAUCAAGGUGUGGUUGAAACAUGCACCAGAGAAAUUGAAAAAGCAGCAGCAUGGCAACCCGUAAGAAAAAAAGUGUUGUUAGUCAAAGACAACUCUACAGAAGGAUGGCAGAAGCAAAUUUAGCACCUGUGAGUCAGAAUUGUUAUAAUACAUCUUUAAUAGUUAAUAAUGAUUCCAAUGAAUCAUCAAAUUCCGUUUUUUUUGCUGGUUCAAUGUGUGAAAGUGAAAAUGACACCUGUUCCUCAAGAGAUUUAGAUUUUAAUGUAAACUCGCCUAAUGAAAAUUUGCUCUUCAAUGAUGCGACGUUAUACAACCAUUUGACUUCCUAUUCCAGUAACGUGCCCCCUAACGAUUUAUUUUCUAAUGAACCGCCGCCUAGCGAUUUGCAUUCGAAAUUGUCAAACUGGGCAGCUUCAAGGUACGUUCGACGUACAGUAGUUACUCAUCUCUUGCAUUAUCUCCACCAUUUAAAAUCGUUAGUUCAGUCUCCGAAUAAACCGUUACAACAGAUUAAUAGACGCUUAAAAGAAAUUGAAAUGACAGUGUACGAAAAACAUGACUCUACUUCACCUGAUGAUGAACACUUCUGUAAAUGUGAAUUGUCCCAUUUCUUAGGACCAACGCCAAAUUUCUCUUGCAAGCAGUAUAAAAAGCUUCAUUAUAAAGAUUUUAUUUUUUCUAUUGCAUCAUAUUCAGAAGCAAAUUGUUUUUGUCUUACCUUAGAAGGACUGGUUUUCAAAAUAGAAAAUGUAGUGGAUAAUAAUGGAGCAGUUUUUAUAUUAGGUAGGAGGUUUCAGGAUUACCGUUCAUUUUACAAAUACCCUGUCGACUCAAAAGAAUUUAUCCAAAAUUUAUCAGAGUAUAUCGAGUUAUUGCACUGCCACAAAGUUUUUUCGAAAUGUAUUGUUUUUCCUUUCAAGCAGGAAUGGUUGUCAUUUUCAUUAUUGCAUCAUUAGUAAUUCCUUAUUUCAACUUUUAUGUUCUAUAAGUGUAAUAGUAUGUAGUUUUUUAAGAUUUUGUAAUAAACUGGUAUUAAUUUGAA